GAACUUGUUGUCAAACUUGCCACAUGCUGCACCUGUGUCACCUGUGUGUUCGUGUGUGUCUAUGUGUUUCGGUUUGUGUCCGCGCUAAAGAGAAUUAUAUUGCGUCAUAAUUGUUGGGAACACCUUAAAUGGCGAUAACAACACCUCAGCCACCCGCUGAGUUGAGAUUUUGAUUUUGGCAACGAGUUAAUUAGACGACGUGUGCUGCGUGCGCUGCUCAGUUGAUGUCAAGCUGAUUUAUCUGGCUCCAUUCUUUUAGCCAAAAAUGGCGCUAAACAAACGCAGAAAUUAGCAACAUUUUAGUUAAUGCACAUAAAUUAAAAAAAAAAAACAAAAACAAACCAACCACAUCUAAUAUAUCGAAAGAUAAUAAAAAGAAAACAAACAAACAAAAACUUGCAAUCAGCUGAACAGUCCAAAUUGGGCAACGCGUUCGUGUGCCGUUGUCGUGUGGGCUGCAGCAACAUUAGCAACAUCAGCAGCAACAACAACAGCAACAACACUGCCAAACCCAACCCCAAAAGACGGGUUAAUGAGAGGCGCCAUAUUUGGGCAGCUUGAAGCUAACAAGAUGCCCGCCACGGUGCUGGCUGUUGCCUCCGGUCACACGACCAAGCUGAACAAUAACAACAACAACAACAACAACAGCAGCAACAACAACAACAACAGCAACAUGAACAAUAGCUUAUGCAACUCGAUCGCCCAUCUGAGCGAUUCAAGGACCAAUCUCACUGUCAACACGCCCACAGCCUGCCAGCGUUUAAGCGAAAUGUUUCGUCGCUCAAUCGCGAGCAGCACUCAAUCGAGUUCCCGGGAGAAUACCUACGAGGAGAUUUAUCCUGGUCCCGAUCCGAAGCAAGCGAUAAUGGGCUCGCUGGUCUUUUGCAUACACCACAAGCAGGGCUGCAAGUGGUCGGAUGAGCUGCGUAAGCUGAAGGCCCAUUUGAACACGUGCAAGCACGACGCCACCCAGUGCCCCAACAAGUGUGGCGCACAGAUACCGCGCAUCAUGAUGACCGAUCACCUGCAGUACACCUGCACGAUGCGCCGCACACGCUGCGAGUUCUGCCAGAGCGAAUUCUCGGGCGCUGGCCUGGAGGAGCACAACGGCAGCUGUGGUCAGGAGCCGGUAUAUUGCGAGGCCAAGUGCGGCCAGCGUGUGCUGCGCGGUCGCAUGAGUCUGCACAAGUCGAAGGACUGCGCCAAGCGCUUGCGUCGCUGCGCCCACUGCCAGCGCGAGUUCUCGGCCGACACGCUGCAGCUGCAUGCGGCCCAGUGUCCGCGCACUCCGCUCGCCUGUCCGCAGCGCUGCGAUGCGGGUCCGAUACCACGCGGCGAGCUGGAGGCGCAUCUGCGCGACGAGUGCCAGUCGCUGGCUUUGGCCUGCAGCUUCAAGGAGGCUGGCUGCCGCUUCAAGGGUCCGCGCCAACUGCUGGAGGCGCAUCUGGAGAACAGCGCCGCGGCUCACUUGUCGCUGAUGGUGGCGCUCAGCAGCCGCCAGGGCCAGCAGAUCCAGAUGCUCAAGUCGGCGGUAUCAAAGCUGUCGAUCAACUACACUGGCACGCUGCUCUGGAAGAUCACCGAUUGGUCAGCCAAAAUGAAUGAGGCGCGCGGCAAGGACGGCCUGGAGCUAGUCUCGCCGCCGUUCUACACCUCACAGUAUGGCUACAAACUGCAGGCUUCGAUGUUCCUCAAUGGCAACGGACCGGGCGAGAACACCCAUGUCUCGGUGUAUAUCAAAGUGCUGCCCGGAGAAUAUGAUGCGCUGCUCAAGUGGCCCUUCUCGCACUCCAUCACCUUCACGCUGUUCGAGCAGGGCGCCCAGAGCGGCCAGGGCGGCGUGGCCGAGUCCUUUGUACCCGAUCCAACCUGGGAGAACUUCCAACGGCCAUCGAACGAGCCCGAUCAGCUUGGCUUUGGAUUUCCACGUUUCAUCUCGCACGAGCUGCUGCAUAGCCGACCCUUCAUCAAGGCUGACACCGUCUUUCUGCGUGUCAAGGUGGAUCCCAGCAAAAUUGUAGCUGUCUAAGGAGAAAGUAAAGAAGAAGAAGACGGCACCAGCAAGGAUGACUCCCCAUUUGUAGCCUUAGGCAUACUCGACUUCCUUAAAUACCGUGUAUUUGAAUGUGAGAGUGUGUGUGAGACUAGCCCUGUGUAAAUAGAACUUAAGAAGAAGAAGAGCAAGAGCUUCAGGCGUUGUUAGCCAAUUGUUUGCUAACUGGCCUUUGAAUGCUGAUCAGCCACGCCUACCGCGUAAUAGUCAUAUAGCUUAUAUACAUACAUACACACCAACAUUAAUAUAUAUACAUUAUAUAUACAACUAUAUAUAGUAACUAUAUAGGUUUUGCAGUGCUGGAAUUAAACCAAAGCAUACUAAACAUAAAAACAAACAACAACAAGAACAAAAUUUCAACAGAAAUAUUCAAAUAUUAAUUUUACGCUCUAAUUUAGUUCGUGUCUUAAGUCAUUUGUUAUAGAGAUUUGUAUUUUUGUGUGCGCUCUCAUUGGCGACUUUCAAAACUUUCAAAAGAUCUUCAAAUUAUAGAUCGUA